GUGCUGGAAAUGGUGGUAAUCAGAUUGGUGGUUUGAAUACUGCAGGAGAAUUUUGUAAUAAAGCUGGAGCAGAAAUUGCAGUUUUUGGUCAACUCAUGCAAGAAGAUAUGGGUGUUGAGGAGUUCUCCACUCGAAUCAAAAAGGUUGGUAAAUUGGCUGAAAUGACACCCGAACAACAAAGAGAGCAAUUUAUUC